AUGCAGGCACUUUGGGGAAAAAAUGGUAUGAUCAAGAUCCGGUUUACGGAUAGAGAUAACUUUUUCUGCGAAUUUGAAAGCGAGGUGGAUAGAAGCAAGGUCAUACGAGGUGAACCAUGGUCGUUUGAAAGGCGGUUAAUCGUGCUCCAAGAAAUAGACGAAAAUUCUGCUCCUAAUGCUCAUCCUUCUCACUCGGCAUUCUGGAUACAGGUGCACAACCUCCCUUUUAUCUUUAUGAACAGAGAAAUAGCUGAGGUUAUUGGUGCACAGUUGGGGAUUUAUGUAGAAGUGGAUACGGAUUUGAGUGGAUCAUGUUGGGGCUCAUAUAUGCGGAUUAGGGUCAAAUUGGAUGUUUCCAAACCUUUGGUCGCAACGAUGGACCUGCAAUUAGGAUCUAUGGGUGGUACGGUGGAGGUUGAAUUUAAAUACGAAAGAUUACCGGAAUACUGCACGCUAUGCGGAUAUCUCGACCAUGGCUUCAAGUAUUGCAAUCUGGAAGUCCCUCCGGUGUUAAGACGUCAGGAGAACCACCCCUUUGGCCAUCGGGUGCGAGCUGCUAUUGGACAGUGGAGAGAUAACCGAAGGGAGGAUGGUACUGGAAGGAAAAAGGCAAACAAUUCGGGAAGUGAUAAUAAUACCGAAGAAAGUUCUGAUAAAGUGGAGGAAUCAAAUUCUGAGGAAAUGCCUCCUACUGGAGGUGGUGAGGGGCAACUGAAUUUAGUUCAACGUGAAAUGAUGCAAACAGACCUGACACAAAUCCCAAACUCAAUGAAAUCACUUAUCGUUGUUGGAUCCAAAUCAUCUGUAUCGACUGGUAAUUCUGUGGCAAAUUCCGACACUGGGUUUAACGUUGGGAAGGAUCCUAAUCUAGAUGAGGAAACAAAUACCACAAAACCAAGCUUGAUAGCAGAUAAGAAGCAAGAAUUAGCUGAUGGGAAAAGUAUUGGAGAACAUGACCUCAGGCCAAAAGACAAAGCUAUUUUGGAGACAGGGGAGGGGAGUCCGAAUAUGUAUAAGAGGAAAUGGAAACGUAAUGCUAGAAGGGGACCAGGAAGUCAUUCACCUAGUAAAUCCAAAUCCAGCCCAACAAAGAGGAAGGUGGAUGUCGACGGGGAUGACAUUGCUUCAGAGACUCGGCUAGGAGGCUAUAAAACAAAGGAUUUUCACAUCAGACUCGGAUUCAGUGGGGGAUUAACUGUCGAUAGUGUGGGUAAUAGCGGUGGAUUAAUGUUAAUGUGGAGAGAGGAUUGGGAGGUCCAACUUAUAUCCUUCUCAAAAUUCCAUUUCCAUUCUGUUGUCUCUCACAGAAAUGGACCAAAAUGGAAUCUCAUCAACUUCUAUGGGGAUCCGGUAGCUUCGGAACGUCACAACUCCUGGACACUCUUGCGAAGAUUGGUAGGGGGAUGUGCACACCCGCUUGUUUGCAUAGGCGACUUUAAUGAAAUUCUGAUGGCUAACGAGAAAUGGGGAGGAAGUAACCGGACCAGAUUAUCUAUGGAGGGCUUUAAAGAAAUGGUACAGGAUUGCGAAUUGAGUGAUCUCGGUUUCUUAGGCCAGGAUUUUACGUGGGCCAAACACUCGCGGGCGGACAAUAAUAUUCUCGUUCGACUUGAUAGGGCCUUGGCCACUUUGGAGUGGCGUGACUUGUUCCCCAGGGCUCUGGUUUCGCAUCUCGACUUCUAUGGCUCAGACCACCGUGCCAUUGAACUCGUUCUUCAGCGACAUAGUAGGGAGACUCCAAGGCGCAAGAGACAAAGACAAUUCAAAUUUGAGCCACUCUGGCUAUGUGAGAAAGGCUACAUUGAUGUCAUAUAUGAAGGAUGGAGACUGGGACGCAAUUCCCAUGUGGAUAGUGACGGUAUUGAAGGGCGGCCUGAAUCAGUUAGUAUGGGUGGUGAAAUGGGCAGGACUAAUGGCAGGGACUGCAUUGAUAAUUUUGUUGGCAGGAUAGAGGCAUGCAGAGACAGGCUUGUCCAGUGGGGUGGGAAUAUUAGGGAGCUUCCGGCUAAAAUUAAGACUAUUCGUUCAAAGUUGAAUCGACUUAAGGAGGCAAACUUCUCGGUGACGAAUUUUGAGAAGAUUCGAGGGUGGAAUCAUGGUCUUUUAGAAAAAUGGUUCAAUCCGGUAGACAGGGAGGCUAUCCGAAGCAUCCCCCUUGGGAAAUUACCGACCCCGGACCGAUUGAUUUGGAGACACUCUGAAGAUGGUGAAUAUUGUGUCAAAUCGGGGUACUGGCUGGCAUAUACAAUUAAGACCCCUGGAAUGGAGGUAAGGGCUGCAUCAAUUACCUGUUUCGCAGGAAUGACUUCUUCAGUCUUCUUUUCUCUGCCAAAAGACAAACAGGAUUUUUCUAUCAAAUCUUCUAUUGAUGCUGCUCUAAGCGACGUUCCUUCAGUUAGAUCAGCUGCUUGUCGUGCCAUUGGUGUUAUUGCAUGUUUUCCACAAAUAUUUCAUAGGCAAAAGAAUUUUUCCUACGAGGAAUCAAACAUCGGUGUCGAUUCAUAUCCGGGCUGGGAAAAUGAAUUUUCUGCAUACACAAGUGGAUUAUACAGAGGAAAUUUAGGAGAAAAAAAUCAUCGACCAUGUAUGAUUAGAUGGAAAUCUGGGAAAAGGGUUGAUCCGAGGUUGCUGAUGCUGCUAGAAUCUUUCGGGGAAAUUUAUGUUAAGAGACGUGAAUUUUUCAAGAAAAUUUUCCCAAAUAGUUAUGAAGAUUUUGUGGACGUGUUUAAGAAAACUAGUACUGCUUCGAUAAAGAAUAAAGAUUUGAGAAAUUUUCGAACCAUUGGAAGGAGCCUUAGCCUCGGUUCACGGAGGCCUCAGCGGUUCAAAGUGCGGACUCCAAACGUGAUUGUGGUGACCGGAGGAGAUGGAAAGGGUGAUCAAAGUCAGGGGGAAACUGCUUCCAAAACUUCAAACCGAUGA